AUGGCCACUCAAACAGUGACAUCACGGGCCGGUAUAACCCCCGCCUUGCCGGAGAACAGCAGCGGCACCACCACACCCAGAGUCGAAAAGAUGCAGCCCGGCCUCGUCGACGGUCCUGUCCAUGCUGUCAAUGUUCGCACCAUCGUCAUGGGAAUAAUUGUUUCCACAACUGGAUUCAUGUUCGGCUACGAGGGUGGGUCUAUCGGCGGCUACGUCGAGAUGAUGAACUUCCGCGAGCACUUCGGUGAUACCAUCAACUCCUCCGGCGAAAUCACUCUAGGCAAGGUCCGCACCGGCUGCAUGGUCGCCUUUCUUUGCAUUGGCUGUCUGCUUGGUUCCCUGAUCAGCGCCCCGUUCGCCGACCGCUUCGGCCGAAAGUACUGCAUUGCCGCCUGGAGCACCCUCCAUAUUGUCGGCAAUAUUGUCCAGAUAUCCGCCUCCAAGCAUUGGUACCAGGUCCCCAUCGGCCGCCUCGUGGCCGGCCUCGCUGUCGGAGCUUGCUCUGUGCUCGCACCCAUGUACCAGAGCGAGACUGCACCUCGCCAGGUCCGCUCUGUCCUGGUUAGUGCCUACCAGCUAUUCAUCACGCUCGGCAUCUUUACGGCCUACUGCAUCAACUACGGCACCGAGACCAGAAAUGACACCGGCUCAUGGCGCAUCACCAUGGGCUGCGGCUUUAUCUCGCCCGUGGUUAUCGGUGUUGGCAUGCUCUUUAUGCGCGAGUCGCCGCGCUGGGACUUUAGCCACGGCCACCCUGAAGCUGCUGCCCUUACCCUCUCGCUCGUUUCCAAGGUGCCUAUCGAGCAUGUUGAGAUUCAGCAUGAGCUAGCCGAGAUGCGCGAAAAGCUCGCCGAGGAGGCAAACCAAGGUGAAACGAAGUGGCACGAGAUUUUCACCGGCCCCGCCAUGGCCCGGCGUACGAUUGUUGGUGUCCUUAUUCAGGCGCUUCAGCAACUCACCGGUGCAAACUUUUUCUUUUACUACGGUACCCAGAUCUUUAGCUCCGUCGGCAUCUCCAACUCAUACGUAACCUCUAUGAUCCUGGGCGGCGUCAACUUUGGUUCCACUAUUGUGGGUCUCUGGGUUAGUCAACGCUUUGGUCGUCGUCUCUGCCUUAUAGUCGGCGGCGUCUGGAUGGGCAUAUGCUUCCUUGUCUUCGCUUCUCUCGGCUCCUUCUCUCUCUACCCCGACUCGAACUUCAGCGACCCGAACGCGGUCACCAGCCGCGGCACUGGUGGCGCUAUGAUUGCCUUUGCCUGCCUCUUUAUCUUCGGCUUUGCUACCACUUGGGGCUGUCUUUGCUGGGCCAUUGCUGGUGAGAUGUACCCAUCGCGUCACCGUGCCCGCUGCAUGGCUCUUUGCAUGGCCAGCAAUUGGCUGUGGAACUUUUUGAUCUCCUUCUUUACCCCAUUUAUCACGGCCGCGAUCAACUACCGCUACGGCUAUGUCUUUGCCGGGUGCUGCUUUGCGGGCGCCUUGUUGGUCUUCUUCUUCAUCAUCGAGUCGCACAACCGCAGCCUUGAGGAGGUUGAUACUAUGUAUGUCAGGGGCGUUGUCCCAUGGAAGAGUGCCAGCUGGACCCCCGACGACGAAGGUCCGGAGAACGGCGAGAACGGUGAGAAGGCUUCUUGA